ACGUAUCGCAUUUCAAUGGGAGUCGCCCAUAGUAACCGCUCGAGCUGCUUAGACCGGAUUGACGAGCAGAGAUGACGAGACCAAAAUAAAGAGACUGAAGACGAGAAUCAUGAGAAGUAUUAAUCGUUAUACGCUUAAAUUAAAAUAUAUGAACUGCUCGGACUGGAUGUUUAUGCGUGUGUUCAUCGAGUGAGCAAUGAGUGUGUCUGGGUCUCUGUAAAGCUGUGACUGGUGGAGACAUGAAGACACUGCUCGUGUUGAGCUGUCUGCUAUUGUUUACUCGAGGAGAAGAUUCAGAUAAACCCAAUCAGAAGGUCAACCCAGUCCAGUACCUGCACAUCGGCGACGACUCAUCAAAGGAGUUUGAGUUCCCCCAAAACACACGUGGCGUUAUCGUUAUCUCCAGCAGUUACCGCAGCUCUGGAGUGCGGAAAGGUCGAGAGAGCCUAAAACAGACAGUUCAGGUGAGUUCCCUGGACCCAGAUGUGAUCUCCAUCCUCAACGUGAGUGAAAGCGACCGUACUGGAAACGUAAGCAGCUACAUCAUCAGCAUCCGGUCUGGGCUACCCGGAACAGCCCCGUUACUUAUUCAGCUCCUGGGUCUGGACCGGGAUUCCGAUCCAGUUUUGAUUGAGGAGCGGGCCGACUACUCCAUAAGGGUGGCAGCAGGCGGUGAUGACCCAGCCACCCGGCUCCUGGAGACCGGGGGGCUGUCCCACUUCUCAGAGAACCCGGUUCUGUUUGCCCUGCUGCCGCUCAUCUUCAUCAAUAAGUGUGCGUUUGGCUGCAAAGUGGACGUGGAUGUUCUUUUGAGUCUGAUCAAGAGACCAGUCCCGCUGCUGCUGGGUGUGGUAGGACAGUUCUUUAUAAUGCCACUAUAUGCCUACGGCCUGUCCCGCGUGGUGUCCCUUCCCAAAGCGCUGUCACUGGGUCUGAUUAUCACAUGCUCAGCUCCUGGCGGUGGUGGAGGAUACCUCUACAGUCUGCUGCUGGGUGGAGAUGUCACACUGGCCAUCUGCAUGACACUGACGUCCACCGUGGUUGCGGCUGCAGCGAUGCCAUUGUCCUCAGCGUUUUACGGAUGGGUAUUGGGGGUUCAUGCUGCUCUUCACGUGCCCUUCGUCAAGAUUCUUGGCACGCUGCUUUUCAUUGCCAUUCCAAUCUCGCUGGGAAUGCUGGUGAAGCUCCGUUUGCCCACGGUCACCAGUGUCCUGUUGUCCCUCAUCCGUCCCUUCAGCUUUGUGCUGAUUAUAGGAGGAAUCUUCAUGGCCUAUCAGAUGGGGUCCUCUAUUUUGGCAAAUGUACGAUCUGAAAUCGUGGCUGUGGGCGUAACUGUGCCUGUCUUUGGGUUGCUGGUUGGUUUCGGGAUGGCACGGCUGGCAGGGCUGUUGUCACCCCAGAGGAAAACCGUCAGUAUCGAGGUGGGCGUGCAGAACAGUCUCCUGGCGUUGGCAGUCAUGCAGUUGUCGUUCCAGCGGGCCGAGGCAGACUACGCGUCCCAGGCACCAUUCAUAGUGGCACUUAGCAGUACAUCAGAGAUGCUUUUAUUGGUACUCGCUCAUGUUGCCCACCAACGCCUGUGCCUGCCACGCACUUCAAGAAUUGCCACCUGAUCACCGAUUUAAAGCCAAUAGCUGCCAAACAAUACUGCCAGUGAACACUGAUACCAGUCCGUCCCCGGACAGUUUUGAGUGUUUCUGUCUUACAACCAAAAGCCUUUGCUCAGUGUGGCCGAUAUAAGUUCAGCCUCUUUUGAAAUAAAAUUUUAAUGACCUAAUGUGUAUGACAACGACAGCCUUUAUGAAAUAAUAUACAAGAUAUUUUUCUAUGUAAUUUUGUUUUCUAUCUUGUAACUAAAAGCGUUUGUAUCUUGUUUACAGAUGUGUGAUUGAGAUGUUGUGCCAUAAUGUUGCAGUUGAUUGUUUAUGUGAUUGAAUCCAUACACUGGAAUGAUGAAGAUGUGCGAAUAAAUGAUUUUGAAAAGGCAAAACAGUCACUGCAGAAGUCUUCUUCUGUGCUCAGGUGCAAUAUUUCAGUUUUUGCAUUUUAAAGUCACAUUUGCACAUGCAAAACAUUACAAAUGCAAAUGUUAAACCCAUAAAAGAUGAAAACAUCUCGGGGAAAUUUUAAGUUUAAUUAAUUUAUGUACCUAUUAUGAGUUGAUUAUCACUACAAAUAGUAGCACAUCUCAGUGACCUUCAAGAAAUGAUUUAUUUAAACUUUAGUAAUGAGUUGAGUUUAUAAAGAAUCUGCUGGUUUAUACACUUGAGAUUUUGGGUGGUUUGGAAGAACGUGUUUCUUUCAGCAACUGAAAGAGACAAAUGUACCGUUUGUAAAAUUUACCAAUGUUAUGAUAAAAUCUGUCUAGGAUAUUUUUCACCCUUUCUACAAUUACGGAACAUGAUUUCAUUGAAACAUAUUACACAGAAAUAAAGUACACAUUCACGUUGUCUGUAAAACAAUUAUGUGAUUGCAGAUCAAUUGAAGUUUAAGAUUAUGAUGUCUGACAAUAAUGAUAUGUCAUCAAAUGGUUCAACAUGUGCAAAUGAUGUUAAUUUGGGUUUGCUUUAAAGUCAUUGUCGUUCUUAAAGGUAAGCUUUUGUGUGGGCCUCUUGUUUCCAUAUAAGGGCCUAAAACAGAAUUACUAUUUGCAUGUGUUUACAUGUUAACAAGAUGAAAACAGACCUACUGCUUGUGGUAUUUUCUUAAGGUAUGGCCAGUAUUGGAUAGGCCAAAGUGGUUGAAUCUUGGUUGAAUUUUUCUGAUUUGAGGAAAAUUACCUACUUUGCUGCUUGUGGAAUGUGCUUGAUCUUUGCUCUGUUUACUGCAGGUGAAAUCAAGUGAUCUUUGGUCUGUUUUUUUUAAAGCCGAGUUAUCUGUAGUACUGUAUAAGUUUAAAUUCCUGUGAAUGACUGACACAGUGCCUACAGUGUGAAAUACAAACACUAGGACAUUGAAUACAUUUGUUUUUUAUUAUUUACUUUAUUAUUUACAUCUUUUAUUAUUUAUUUCCAAAUUAAUAUUUUUGAAAAAAAAAAACUGCUGUCAGGAUUUAGGCACAGUGAAAUAUUAGCACUAAAAAGGCAUGGACAUAGUUAGAUUCUCUUUCAAGCA